AACAAGCUACCGAACCAGCAGCAACAGCUAACAGCCAGCAGCUAUCUCUGUCGGGGACGCGUCGUAUUAGCAUGCAAAAGUUUAGAAAUACAGGUUCCUUGUCCUGAAUAGAGACAAGAACAACGCUGGUCGACACCUGACACGGCUGUCGAAAACAUCAAAUCCAGCUGGCUUUCGUAAUAGCCAGUUAUUUGCGUUAUUUCGAGCUUCAAAUGUGUGGAAAGUCGCUCGGUGUCUCCUCGUCGUUGAACAAGAUGGCAGCAGCAGCAGCAGCGUCGGUGCAGGAUUUCACUGUGGUGCGGUUCAACGUUGCUAGACUGUUCCUUGACGCUCUGUGUGAUAUUAUUUAUAGCUCUUAUUGAAGGUAUGUCAACAUAUAUUAACGUAUGGCCUCACAAGUCUUGGUCUACCCAUCACACCUGCACUCAGCUCAAACAAGUGCCUUAGGAACCAGCAGCAGUAGUACCAUCAGACCAUCAGACGAAGCCCACCACAGUAAUAACACCAGCAGAACCUUUCAGCAACGACUUGUGUCCAAGACCUAUGUGAUUGGAGUCAACUACGGUAUUGCCUAUCCCAACAACGUUGUCCCAUCCCCCACUGGUGCAGAUUCAGCAAGACUGCACAGGGGGCUGCAGCUUGGAGACAGGGAGGAGUGUGAAUUGCAGACUGCAGGAUUACAGAGAGAAGAGAGACAGGGUGAAGCUGGGAUCCAGGAGUCCCUUUGCCAGAGCAGAGGCCCACAGGAAGUGAGGCUUCGUAGAGACAGCGGUGGAACUCCAUCAGCAGGGGGCUUGGACUGCGGUCUACUGAGCAGGGCCUGCAUCAGAGUAGAGGAGGAAGAGGGCAGAAGAGUUGAAGCGAGAGGAGGAUACGUCAACAUUCAAGACACAGGCGCCAACCAGAGAUGUGAACAGAAAGCAAGCGAAGGUGGAGAACAUCCGCGGGAGAACCACUGCGUCAUGCAGAUAGUGGAGGAGGUAUCUGCUCUACCUUCACUUCCUGCCGCUGUGGCCAUGUUGCAAACCAGCACCGGGAACAAUGCAGACACUGUAAGAAUAGGGGGUGGAGGGACACUGCCCACUCAGCCGCCACCCGCCAUGGGAAUAAGGGGAGGGGGGUGCGACAUCAAGCCUAAUGGCAAUACCGAAGCGGCGGCAGGAGCCACUGUGACCAGAACCGGAUCAGCAGAUGGUGACUAUCAGUUGGUUCAGCACGAGGUUCUGUGCUCCUUGAAGAACAGCUACGAGGUGUUGGAGUUUCUGGGUCGGGGCACCUUCGGUCAGGUAGUGAAGUGCUGGAAGCGGGGGACAAAUGAAGUGGUGGCGGUCAAAAUACUGAAGAACCACCCGUCCUAUGCACGCCAGGGACAGAUCGAGGUGGAGAUCCUGGCCCGGUUGAGCAGCGAGAACGCAGAUGACCACAAUGUGGUGCGUGCUCUCGAGUGCUUUCAGCACCGAAGCCACACCUGCUUGGUUUUUGAGAUGCUGGAGCAAAACCUCUAUGACUUCCUGAAGCAGAACAAGUUCAGCCCCCUGCCACUCAAAAUCAUCCGGCCCAUUCUGCAGCAGGUGGCAACAGCCUUAAAGAAGCUCAAGUGUCUCGGUUUGAUCCACGCUGACCUGAAGCCAGAGAACAUCAUGCUGGUUGAUCCCUCCAGGCAGCCCUACAGAGUCAAAGUCAUCGACUUUGGCUCAGCCAGCCAUGUCUCCAAGGCUGUGUGCUCCACUUACCUGCAGUCCAGAUACUACAGGGCUCCAGAGAUUAUUUUGGGCCUGCCAUUUUGCGAGGCCAUUGACAUGUGGUCACUGGGCUGUGUGAUUUCCGAGCUCUUUCUGGGCUGGCCCCUCUACCCUGGAGCGCUGGAGUAUGACCAGAUCCGAUACAUCUCUCAGACUCAGGGCCUGCCUGCCGAGCAUCUGCUCAACAAGGGGACAAAGACCUCGCGCUUCUUCUCCAAAGAGUCCAACUCUCCCUACGCCUCCUGGAGACUCAAAACAACAGAAGAGCAUGAGAAAGAGACGGGACUUAAAUCCAAAGAGGCCAGAAAGUAUAUCUUCAGCUGUCUGGAAGACAUCGCACACGUGAACUUGGUGCUGAGUCCUGACACCGGGGACAUGCAGGCAGAGAAGGCUGACAGGAGGGAGUUUGUGUCCCUGCUGAAGAGCAUGCUGCUGAUCAACGCUGAGGACAGGACUGUUCCCGCCAGCGUCCUCAAUCACCCCUUCCUCACCAUGACUCACCUGCUGGACUACCCACACAGCAACCACGUGCAGUCAUCUUUCCGCAUCAUGGACAUGUGCCACGCUCGGCCCAACAACUCCGUUUUCGAUGUUCUGAAUCAAAACACCAUUCAUUUUUCAAGACCCCCUGUUGCCACAGCAGCCUCCUCUGGCCUCCCUCUAGGCUACAGCAACAUACCAGUGCACACUCAGCCUAUGAACCAGUCGGCUCCCUCAGUGUUGCAUCCUGGGAUAGCUCUAACGACUGGGAAUGGUCAGUUUGCAUGCACAGACUCCUUCCCACCUGCCCUCCUUCUUUGUCCUCCCCCCAUGCAAGGUAACCUCAACCAACCGGCAGGGUACUCUGUUCCCAUGGUUACCCAGGCCCCUCCCAUACAGCCCUUACCAGUGAGACCUGGUGUAAUUGCUCAGCAGGCUUGGUCUAGCCGGGGUCAGCAGCUGCUCAUCCCAGCAGCCUGGCAGCAGAUGACUACAGUGGGACCUCCGCCCUCUCACCCCCCUCCACCUCCUCCCCAGUCCUCCCUAACCAACGACACCGCAGCCGGCCCACAGAGAAUCAGUGACUGGGGCAGCCAUUACACUUCAGUGAUGCAACAGCCUCUCCUGACUAAUCAGAUGCAAGCACUCUCUGCCCAUCAGCCAAUCAACAUUGGCAUAGCUCACGUUGUGUGGCCGCAGCAAGCCAAUAAGAGGAACAGACAUAGUCACAACAGGAACCUGUCCCACCCCAGAAACAUCCAUACAUCAGUAUGUCGGACCCCCAAUAUGGCCAGUGUUGUUGGACAUGCAGUGGUCCCCCGAGAGCAGCCUCAGAGGGAGCUGCCGCCGGUGCAACCCGUAGUCCCUAACGCAGAUGAAAAUGGUGCAGAGGAGGAAGUGAGCUGCUUCAAAGAGGCGGCGCCGAUUGGGAACUGCCCGCAGGACCGGUCCAAUCAACCGCAGCGCCACGUGGCCGUUCUGAUGGGGGACACACCGAGCCCUGCUGCCAGUGUGAUCAGCAUCCGCAGUGACCUGACUGACGGGGAGGAAGAGGAGGACGAAGAGCCUCGGAGGUGCCGUCUGAGGGGGUGCAAAGAGGAGUGUGUGUGUGAGGCAUGCAGAAACACCAGUGUGUCUAUGGAGAGAGUGUGUUCCCUCAGCAGCCCCGACAGCAGCCUCAGCACCAGCUCCUUCGCCUCCAACUCCCUGCAAUCCAGCCCCUCCAUCUCCCCCUGCAAGAGACCCAACAGCAUGUCCGAGGAUGACGGCCAUGAGAGCGGCUGCGACACGGUGGAGGGCUCCCCCACGUCAGACACCUUGACAUCCCCACGUGGCAACAGUCCCUACCGUUACCUAGACAACAGUAACCACAACAACCGCCCAUCUUUGGCUGCUAUGGUCGCACCACUGCCUUCCCCUGCAGUGCAGGGCAGGAGCCCCCGCGGCGUCAGGACCAUGGUGGUUCCCCCAAUGAGAGUGCAGAACAACAACAGUCACAGGACAGAGGAGCGCACUCAGAGAACAGAAUCCUGGUCCCGCUCCAAAGGGCGCUGCAGCCUCAUAGGACAGAGCACUCCCUCCUCCUACACCCUCCUCCCAUCCGCCCCCCUCCUUUCCCGGCAGCAAAACAUGAGUGGGCACCAGCAGCAGCACCCUCUGGGCUUUGGACAGGUGCCGUACGUUUCCAACCUCAGCAACAAAGAGUGGAACGGCAACUAUGGUCCGCUGCGACCGCACGCCUACAUCCCCCCCACGGUGCACACACACACCUUCACACACCUGCAGCACAGCAGCCCCACACACACCUCUGCCGCCCCGCACACACACACCCUGCUGUCCUACCCUCCCAACGCUCACCACCCACACCCCAUCCUGCCCUCUCGCCCUCCCCCCCUCCUCCAGCACAGCUACGGUCUCUCCCACCCACAGGGCGGCGCUAUAGUGCACCAGGUCACCCUGGGUAUCAGCCACCACCCUGGACACCCGGUCCCCCACCCGCACAGGCUCCUCCCCUCCCCCACCAUCCACCCGCACCACCAGCCCGGCUACGCCCACCACCACCCCCACCAGUUCAAGCCCCCGUUCCCGCCGCCACACCCGUACAUGGCCUCCCCCGCCGCCUACACAGGCUUCCCUCUGAGCCCCACCAAGCUCAGCCACCACCCCCAGUUUUCCUAUAUCUGAGGAGCAGGGGGGGGCCGCAGCACUACCUUCUGGUGAGGAGGGGCAACGGGAAGUGGAGCGGCGCUGCCACCUGGGCGGGGAGAGCCAGCAGCAGAGCACAACACGGACACCUGUAAGGAGGAGGAGACGAAGGGUGUACAAGAAAAAAAAAAGAAGCAAUGCUGAAGAUUUUCAGAUUUUGCGAGGACGUAGAAAUGUAGGAUCACGUCAAUGAUCGUGUUUGAUUGUCAGAAGGUGACGGACUUCCUGCGAAAUCAUGAGACAGUUAUUAAUCAAAGCUUUAUUAGAGAGCAUCACAAGAGAGUAUGAUAAGGAAAUUAUAAUUAAGAACGAGUCUGUUGCACAUUACCUCCUGUCGUUCGUUCGUUUAAGAAGUGAUCAGAGAUCUAAUUUUCGGCGGGGGAGGAUUUGUUGUUGUUGCUGUCAAGGUACCCCCCCCAGCCCCCUUUAUCUUUGUUGCCUUGUAGCGCGUGCUAGCCGCUCAGAUCUCUGUGUUAAGCCAUCACAGUCUGUAUUAACAGGAUUGGACGCUCCUGUUAUGUUUGGAGGCAGACUUUACUGCUGCCGUCGCCUUGUGCCUUAAGACCCAGAGUCUCUGACGUUACUUCAGGAGCUUUUCAGAUUGUACAUUUAAAAAAACGGGCUUGCAGCACUUAGCCUUCAGACUCUGAACAUGAUGGGCUUAUUGGAUAAAUAACGCUUGUGGUUAUGUGUUUUUAAUACUUUCAGUUUGCUUUCUAACUCAGAGUAUGGAUUUACUUUAACUAGAGGCUGCACAUUUAGGGCUUUGACUGAAUGAGCUUUUAAUGUACAUAAAAGAGUGAUUUGAUAUUUUGAUAAUCAAUUUCUAUUCACGAUAGUACUUAAUUCAUAACAGUAUUGUCACUGUUUACUGUAACUGCAAUACAAUCUAGAUAGCCUCUGGGUUGCUGUGUUUUUAUAAUUUAGCAUUAUUAGUUUUUUGGGAGUGGCAUAGACUAUGUUUUGACUUUUAAAUGCUUCUCAGUGUUUGAUAACCUAUCUACUUACAGUAUCAUUGCUGGCCUAUUGAGUGUUAGAGGUGUAUCGGUAAUUGUUUGAAAUAUUAUUAUUUUUUGUCCAUGUAUUGAAGCCUGUUGUCAGUUUUUAAUACAUUCCUUCAGGGUGGAUGCAUAGCCUUGAUUUGUUGUUGUGUUGUUGUUGAUUUCCAGUGUGUAGUAUAGCUGUGUCUACCCGUCAUAUCAGCUGGUAUUUUACUCCAAUCAGUACCAAAGACUGUUCAUUAAUCAUUUCUAUAAAAAGCAUGGUCAAUACUAUUUCUCCUUUCACCUCCAGCGUACUGUUGCAAAUUGGAAUAUAUUGUGAGAUCUCUAUUUAAAAAAAAAAGAAUGAGUUUGAGGUUUUUAUUUUUCUGAGCUAUGUGGGCUAAUCGUAUUUGGAAUGUAUAGAUAAUAAGCUGCUAUGUACUGAUUAUCUGCCACUUCGUAGCUGUGAAUUUUGAGGAAUAAUCUCAUUCUAGCCUUUUUUGUAUUGUAGUCCUGAUUACUAGAUACAAUAGAAGUGGGUUUUCUCUUAUAUAGUAUAUUGAAUGCUAUUCCUAUAUGCUAGUGCCUCUGUAUAUUGGCUUUGUUUUGAAGUGAUUGUAAACUGCUGUAAUGGAAGUUUUUUCUGUAAUAUUCUGUUGCUUUUUGGUGUGUGUGUGUUUAGCGUCAGUAUUUCAAACGUAGGCUGGGUUCACUGUUGGAUUCUGUAACCGGUGUGUCGUUUAUGUAUUUUAUUUUUUGAUGAUGACAUGGCUUUUAUUUCCGUUUUAUUGGACUGUAUUUGCAACUCUUCGUACUGUACAACUAGUGCCUUUCCUUAAACUAGCGACUGACCCGUAUCAAAGCAGUCGCACAUUUGUAGACUAGUUCCUUCCGAGGGGAUCAGCUCCUACUUUCACGUCACAAAACCCCAAAGUUGUUUGUUUGUUGGACUUAAGACGAGGUCUAGAAACAAUCCUCUUCUUCUAACAGAAUCCUAAGAAAGUACAAGUCAGGGAAAUGUUUUAUUGCGCUCACCAAGAACAACGUGCAGUACUCAAAGACACAGGGCCUGAAUAUACACAAAUGCAAAGCUUUAUUCUCACAUAGUGAAUGUAUUUGUGACACAACUCUGUUUUUGGUUUGCAAAUGACGGCUACACAGCGUUUUCACUCGUCUUGUGAUUGAGACGUUGAUAGUUCUUGUAUGCAGCUAUUACCAUAGGGAGAUCAUGUGUUCUACGUCUUUCAAAAUGCUUUACCCAUCAAUUAUAUUCAAAGUUUAGGUCUAAAGUUGUCCCCUCGUGUACAACGGCUGCCACAUGACAAAAAGAAAAGCUCAGUGUCUUUUUAUAACACACAUUAAAUCCUUAUAUUUUGGGAUAAAUAAAAAAAGUUAUAUUUCUACAAAAAAUGUGGUAGUUAUACCAGGAAAUGUGCUUAAACGUAAAAAACAGAUGUUUCUAAUUAUUGAUGAGAAGCUGAGCACAUAUUUGUUGUCAUUGUGCUUUUCUUUAUGUAUUGCAUUGUAAUGGUUAUGUUGCUUAAGCAAAGGGUGUGUUUUGUGUGCUCGUCUAAUAUGCUACUGUGUUGACGAUGCUUAGACGAACGUGAGGAUGCACUGUUCAGCAGUACGGCCUGGAGUUAUCAUUAAUAUGUGUGGCACAGUAAUCUGUACUUUAAUCUUCUGUUUGUUUUUGUUUUUUUAACCCCGUGGUGUUCAGCCUCGCGUUGAUUCUCAUAUGGCUCCAGUCUUUGUCAGCUCAGCACCUGUGAUGAGAUGAACUCACCGCCGUAAUCCCCCACCACUCUGGGUUGAUUGCUUAUAAUCCCUCCACCAUACCGACGGUUACAUCAUCAGAAUAAGCAGGUCAUAGAUCUAAAGCCAGCAGUCUUAAGUAACACGUUGGGGAGGGGGGAAUGUGUUCCUCUCACAUGGAAUGAAAAAAAGGAUCGAGUUAAAUUCAUACACAAUAUUUCAGAGUUUAGGACCAGUUUUCACUCAGCUACUUGAGUGGUGCAGCAAUGAGUUCUAAAACCCAGAGAUGAGUUAGCAUUUCAUUAUUUCCGAUUCCCCCGUCUCGAAGUAAACGUUUCUUUUAACGUGUUUUUCAUUAGACGCCUGAAAUAAGUUCUGUAGUCAACACAGGCUUUAGAGAUGCACACGCUUUGUUCUAUGACAUCAGUAAGGACCCACUCGUGAAUGUCCCAAGCUUCUACAACUCUAUUAAAAAAAAACAGCUGUUGCUAACCACUAAGUGAUUUAAAAAGGCUACUAAGUGUCCUCACACAGAACAUAAGUCCCCUUUAGCUUAGUGAUGGUUAACUUCCAGGUCCCGUACAAAUAUACAUCAUAACUGCAUUACUCUAUUUUCACAUCACAAAAUGCUAUAGUUGUUUGUUAGUUGGCCUUAGGUAACUUCUGGAAACAUAUUUACAGAAUCCUAAGAAACUCAUGGAAUGUUUUAUGUGCUCACAAAGAAUAAUGUGCAGUACUUAAAGACACGGGGCCUGAAUAAACACAAAUGCAUGACAAAUCCACCACAAACAUAGGACUGAACAUCUCAUCCGGGUUCUGGGCUUAAAAAUAAGCCGUGUGAAAUUUGACUCCUAAAACAUGUUUUAGGUAGAUUUUGUACCACGACUAUAAUUAUCGGGUUAUUGUAUUUAGACACAAAUAUGUAGACAUGAUUUGCUAAAAUUGAAACUGUUACUGUUCUAAAUAUGCGUAGAUCUUGUGUGGCUUUAUGAUUUUAAUUUUUUUGAUUUAAUUGUAUUCUUUAAUGCUACACUAGUUUGACAAUGUAGCAACUGCACUGUGCAAUAUACAAACAUAUGAGGACUGGGAAAAUGAUUAUUGUUUGGAUGUAAUAAUGUGUGUCUUAGCAGUUUGCGGUCGUUUUUCUCCCCCCCCCCCCCCUCUAGUUCUCAGUGAGUUUCAAUGUGACCAAGCCUUAUGUACCUUGUCACACAAAGCGGGUUCCUUCUUGGUGACUCUUUAUUAGUGAGUGUCAAAUUAUUAAUUGAUGGUGUACUAUGUCAGGAUUCACUUUGAAUAAAAAAAGAUCUUUUGCUUCAA